UCUCCGGAGAGUCCGAAGGGGGAGAAAGGACGAAGACCUUUGUAAGGACGGCGUCAAGGGAAGCAGAGGAGUGCGACCACUAGAGAGCCGAAACGAUCAUCAUCGUCGUCGACGACCGGGAGCCGAAAUUUUGCUUCGAGAUUGCCGAUUGCUGCUGCCGGUGAUUGAUUCUCGUUGCACGAAAUGGCUUCGUUUCUGACCAAGCUGAGCGAACCAAUUUGGAACUGGGCAUCUCGGCGAUACCAAGCAGCCGUGGCGAAAGAGCUGAAGAAAUAUGGAUUGCGUUACGAUGAUUUGUAUGAUGAGAUGUACGAUCUGGACAUCAAGGAAGCUAUGUCUCGCCUACCGGAGUCAGAGAUUCUAGCUCGUAACGCACGCAUUAAGAGAGCCAUGGAUGCUUCAAUGAAGCACGUCUACUUGCCCAAAGAAUUGCAGGCAAAGCAGACUCCUUUCCAGUACUAUUUGCAAGAUGCGUUGGACCAGGUUAAGCAGGAGAGGAAGGAGCAUGGAGAGGUGGGAGCUAGCAUGCCCUACAAUCGUGAGAUUCCCUAAGCAGUUCACGUCCUUGCAGCUGAUUCUCCACAUAGGACAGGUUGAUUGGUAUCAGAGUGUGAAGUGACCGGCAUUUAUACGAGAUUCAUAUGGGAAUAGAAUUAUUCCACUUAUAUUGAGAAAGGAAUUUGACUUCAUCUGAUAAGCAGUAGCUCUUGUUGAUUUCUCAGCAAUGACCCUCAAUUUAUUUUUAGAAUUGUAAAGCAGGCCUAAACAUGUUCAAAUGAUUUUGUAGUUCUGGCCAGUAUGCAUGUCUGUUGUGCUGAGAAGUGCUUUGAGCUUGAAGAUUGUACAUAGAACAAUCUGGAGCUUUCUUUAUUGUAUCCUUGACAUCGAUAGUUGUGAAGAUAGUCGUGAGAGGAUAUGAAGAAGAGUAUGUUUGGAUAAAGCAAAGUUUGGUCAUGUUUAUGAGAUGUACGUCACAUAUACAACCACGGGGUGAGAGCGAUGUUAUCGAGACAUAACGAUGCCUUGUGUAUUAUGUUAAAACUGCCAGAGACGGAUCAGGUUUUUGAAAUUAAAAGUUCACAUAAUAUUUCCGAACUACUUGCGGAAUGAAUCCAAGUAAAGGAUUAAGCGAGUAGU